GAAACUAAAAAGACUGAAUGUUGUUUUUGUAUGAUUUGAUGGUAAUUAGUUUUUCUAAUUUUGUACAAUCCAUUGACUUCAAAAGAUAAACUAGCGGUAUUUCAGCAAACUGUAUUAAUCCGCUAAUGUUGUUUCGUGAUGGGGCACAGUUAGAGACGGCUAAGUUAUUCGAAGUCAAUAUUGAUUCGUAUGGCGGUGCAGAGCACAGUCAACCAGCCCCAGGGUUCAGAGUGAAGCGCGGUAACAAUGGCUCACUGCUUGUCACUAGCCGGUAAGGCAUCACUUAUGUCUAAAUUCCACUGAUAUGUUCAGAAACAAGUUCAAGGAAUUAUCAAUAAAUGGAAAUGCGCACAAGCACAAGACAGAGACUUUGGCCACCACGGUGGAUGAAGUUAAGAAAAGUGGACAAUCCUCUCACUUCUGUCUUGCUCGUAGUGAGAAAGGGAACACUCCAAGUAGCAGGGAAACCCGAACUACUCCAUCUACUAAGUGUUUCCAUUCUAGGUUGACUCGCCGCUUCUCCCCCAGACUCACUGAACAGGAAUCUUCUAAGCCCGAGCGACGAUGUCCCACUGAUCAAACCAGUGGGUCAACAAAAACCACAAUUUCAAGAAGACGUUUGCGAUCCAUAGAAGGUAGUUCUCAACAUGGGGGAAAUAGGAGUAGUGGAGGUAAAGGUGCAGCAUCCCAUGCAUCCUGUUUUAUAUCGGGACCUACUCCAAAAGACCACUUUAAAUCAGAUCUUCACAAGACCGAACAGUUGUCUUUCAAUCCAAGUAAACACAAGAACCGAAGGGUAUUGCCAAGUAGAAUUUGCUCGGAGGAACCACCUAAUUCCUCAAAAGAGACUCACGAGGUAGCCUUCUUGAAGAUUCUUUCUCCUCCUAGACCUAGACAUCAACCAUGUGUUGUAAGACACAGACAGGAAUAUGUAGAGAAUAAAAUAAAGCCAAGCAAAGGUAUUAGUUUUCAACAAAAGAAUGAUGGAAGCAAAACAAAUAUACUGGAUAACGAUAAAUUAGAUGCCAAGAAAAAUAGUCGAUGUUUCCCGCAAUCUAAGGAUCACUUACUGCGAAGAUUUUCUUUUACAAAAACGACGAAUAUUGAAAAUACGAAAAACCACCUGCCAGUUGAAGAUAAUCUGCAAUUGGGUGUCACUUCAAACUCUGGGAUUACAGUUAAUGUCCAGGAAAUUAAAUAUGAAAAUAACUUUCCCAAAUUUAUAGAAAGAACAGAACAUCAAAAUUCAGGUAAUAAAGAUGUGUCAUUUGGUAAACACACUGGGCACAAUGCACUUAGAAUUACACAAAAGAAUUUGGAAGUUCCGGUAAGUGACAGUGAAGCGAAAAGCGAUUCAGAAAUAGCAGUGCUUAAAAAAGGUUUUGUUAAUGAAAUUAAAAUUGCUGGUGCCGUUGAUUCUGCUCCAGAAGAUGAGGCGGUUGAAGCAAGAGACAGUUCCCCGGAUGGUAGGUUCCUUAAAUUUGAGGAAGAAGUUGGACGCGGAUCGUUCAAAACUGUGUAUAAAGGCCUGGACACUGCCACAGGAGUAGCGGUCGCUUGGUGCGAACUGCAGGAACGACUGAAGAAAAGUACACGCCAAAGAUUUCGAGAAGAAGCAGAGAUGUUGAAAGGUCUUCAACAUCCAAAUAUUGUACGCUUUUAUGAUUAUUGGGAAGUUAAUCUAUUGAAGCGAAAAUAUUUAGUUCUUAUUACAGAACUAAUGACAUCUGGGACUCUUAAAACUUAUCUUCGUAGGUUUAGAAAGAUCAACUUGAAGGUUUUGAAGUCUUGGUGUCGACAGAUUUUGAAGGGUUUGAACUUUCUUCACUCCCGGUCUCCUCCAAUUAUCCACCGAGAUCUCAAGUGUGACAAUAUUUUUAUUACUGGUACUACUGGUUCUGUGAAGAUUGGAGACUUAGGCUUAGCAACUCUGAAAAAUAGGUCUUUUGCAAAAAGUGUGAUUGGCACCCCAGAAUUCAUGGCUCCAGAGAUGUAUGAAGAGCACUAUGAUGAAUCAGUUGAUGUCUAUGCUUUUGGAAUGUGUAUGCUUGAGAUGGCAACCACAGAGUACCCCUAUUCAGAGUGCAGUGGACCAGCUCAGAUUUAUAAGAGGGUUGUUAAUGGUAUUCCACCUCAAAGUUUUGUGAAAGUGGAGAAUCCACCGCUUCGGGAACUCAUCAGCAAGUGUACUCAACUAAAGAAGGAAGAAAGACCAACAGUCAAAGAACUUCUUCAGUUGGAUUUCUUUCAAGAAGAACUUGGUGUGAAGGUUGAGUUUGUAAACAGAGAAAAAAGUUUAACUUGUACAGAGCCAAAAGUAGAGUUACAUCUUCGGGUGUUGGAUCCUAAAAAACGGAAAGACAAACACAGAGAAAAUGAAGCAAUUCAGUUUGAAUUUGAUGUGGAAAUUGAUAACCCAGAUGAAGUAGCUCAGGCAAUGCAAAUGAGUGGAAUUAUAAUGGAAGAAGAUGUAAGGAUAGUUGCAAUGGUAAUUCGAAAUCAAAUAGCAGUUUUUAAAAAAGAGAGAAAUUUUUAUCUUCAAAAGAAGUUGAAAGAGUCUCAAUCUCCAUCUCAGCAAGUUAAUUCCCAGCCUCAGCUCCACCAGAUGGAGCUAAUAAAACACCUUUCUCAAUUCCAACAGUGCCAAUAUCAUCAGCAACAACCCCCACUACAGGACUGCUAUACAAAGAAAUCUUCAUACCAACAGCAACAGUUAAAUCAGUUACAGGGAACUUUGAAGCAAGGGUAUGAUCCAGCAACAGUGCAGACUUUUUGUCAUCUUCAUGAACAACAAAGAUUUAUUGAAGGAGUUGAAAAUUACAUGGCACAUGUGCAUCUACAUUACCCUAUCAAACAGCAUAAUGGAGAAGCUUCUGCUGCUGUUAAUCCUGAGUCCUCUUCUCAUACCACUGCUGUAGAAGGAUAUUUUCCAAGACAAGAUGUUGCUCAGCAGGAACACACAUUUUCACUAGCCAGCAUCCAACCAGUUCCUGAACAAAGAGAACAAGGAGACUUUAGAGAUUCUUGUGGAAAGCAAGUGGCACACAAGAAAAUUAUGAAACGUCGGAAAACUCAAGACCGAGGCCCAAGACUGAAAGUGUUGAGUGUUGAAGAGGGCAGUGUUGUCGAGUGUCAGCUAGAGUCCACAAAGGGAAAGAAUGUAAAGUUUAAGUUUGAUAUUGGAGAUGUGGUCCCAGAAGAGAUAUCAAGUAAUUUGGUUAUGACUGAUCUUCUUGCUGAUAAUUAUGCAGUCAUGUUUAUAGAGCAGCUACGUGACAUUAUCAUGCAAGUGAAAGAACAUCCAGAUCAAGUACCGAUAGUACAUGUAGCAGAUCUUACUCCUACAGCAAUGAAACCUAGUCCUACUCUCCAGUAUCGGCAAGAAAAUAAAAAGAUAGUAGAUUUUAAUCAAACAAAGAAGCCAAGUUAUGGAAGUCAAGAAAGCAGCACCCUCAAUACACCCAAACAGGAUGAUGAUCAGUGCACAGUACACAAACCUGACUCUCAGGCGCUUCUCUCCAACCAACACUCAUCAAGUCAGGUAGACACCCACAGCAUUCAACCUGUUGAACCAUCACAUGUCCACCUGGUGUCUUGUUCACAGCCACAGGGUCAUGGAAGCAGAAGCAGGAAGCAAGCAGGGCAGUGGAAGAAAAAACUUUAUGCUCUGACUCAUCUUGUGUGUUGUUGUGAUAUUUCACCCAUGCCAAUCCCUGGAUACUUAGUCCAGCAUGUUGCUCAGAUGGGUUCACGAUUCAUAGCUAAUCCAGUGGAAGAGCAUCAACAGUGCAUAUUGCCAGCCUCAGUAGCUGUAUCAAUGCCGGGGAGUGGUUAUUCAUCAGCUAACUUUACACAGGAAAAAAGUAGUUUGAAUGAUCAUGGUCUUAACAACCUUCGAGCAGCAGGCAAGCUCCAUUUCCAUUGUGGUACAGCUGAUAAUAUUGUAAGCAGUGUAGACAGUGCUGUGGGUAGUAGUCUAUCUUCUCUCAAUGUAGCAGAAGGAUUAUAUAAAGCUGGACAUUUGGAUCAGAGCAGUAGUAAUGCUAGUACUCACCAUCAAGCUCAGCGGCAUUUACAUGUGCCAGAUCUAAGCAUUCUCCAGCAGAAACUAGCUCAGCUAACAGUAGUGCCACCACAUGGCUACCCAGGAACCCCAGCAUCAGAGUUUACAUCAAUUAAAAAUCAACAGACUGCUGUUUCACCACAGACUCUGUUUACUUCUUCGUUUCAGAAUCUACCACCAAGAGUUUAUUCAAUAUCAACUUCGUGUGGCCCAACUAUCUCCCCAACUUCAGCAAAGGAAAUAACCUCUCAAUCUAAUGCCAAAGUACAGGUAGAAACAGUAGCAACUCCUGAUUGUGAAAUAAUGUCAUCUCGACUUCCAGGUACCUUUCCUUCCCAAGCUUCAGCGCAGUAUCUGGAUGCUAGUUUUUUUCUAGAGAAACAACAAUAUCAUCUCUUAAGGUCCCAGUCGAUGACAAUUCCACGAUUUGGGUCUGCUUCUUCUGGCACUGCCAUUAUCACAACUCAGCCAUCUCGAGUUGAUGCUGAUAUACCAUGUCUCUCAUUUAGUGCAACAGAAUCAUUAGUUAGUGGGAUUUAUUCCCCUAUUUCACAACCAAAUGGUGUAACAAGUUCUUGGAAUGAAGCAAAAUUAAUGACAGAUGGCAUUCCAUCUUUUGAAAUGCUUACUCAGCCUGCAAUUGUUAUUAGCCAACCUACAAGCAUCAUAACUACAGCAGUACCCACUACGAUCCCAGACCUUCAAAUGUCAAUCACCAUGGCUCCUUCAAGCUCAUCUUACCAAGCAAAUGGGUUUAGUCACAAGCCUGUUGGUGCAACUAAUCUACAAGACUUGAAGCUAGAGCUGCAGAAAUUGCAUGGCACUCUUUGUAGUUCUGCAAGUCAGAAAGCCGGUAGCAACCAAGAGAGCUAUCAAUUAUGUCGGAGUGUUUCUCUACCCACUGGAGUUUCAGCCCCUACAAAGCAGGUCACCAACAGAUUUUCUCGGUUUCAUGUAGCACCAGUUAAAGAUGAUCCUCUUAUUUCCACAAGUCUCACAUCAGUUGCAAGCAGUAAUUCUGUUAACUUAGAAAUGCAUGUUAGUGUCUCAACAACUAUGAGCAACUUUUCACCCUCUGCCAGUUCACAGUUAAGUCAGAGUUCUUUCAGCAAUUUCGUUUUGCCUACCGUACUCAGCACAUCUCCCCAUCCAAGUGUUUCAACAUCAGGUAUAAUGCUUAGUCCCUCAGCUCUUCCAGUUGUCAGUCAGGGCAGAUUCCAAAUACAAACAAUUACAGAUGAUGUAACAAUUGCUGCUGCCACUCAAGCAGUUUCAUCUGACAAGAAAUGGGAUGCAAAUGCAAAUAUAGUGACAAUAGCAUUCAGUUCUCAAAAAUCCUAUACUACCCCUCCAAAGAAUACUCUGGUUAAUAAUGAAAGGAAAGACUUGGAGCCAGAAGUUGUGGAAAGUGAUGAUUUCUUACAAAAUCUUCUUGUAAGGCAGAAACAUGAGUAUGAAGAGCUUCAAAAGAGACAUCAAAUGGAGCUAGUAGCUUUUAAACAUCGGAAAAAGCAUGCUUCACCAAGAAGUGGUCAUAAACGUAGUGAAAGUGCUAGUGCAGCAUUUCCACAUAGAGGUAACUUCCAAACAGGUAGGGACUUUGUUCAAGGUCAAAUGCACCAGAUAGCACAACUUUCAAGUUUUCAGCAGCAAGGGUUGUUUAGUCUAAAACAGUCUGAAGAGGAAAGGUCAUGGUUUAUUCCAGGCCCCUUAACUCCUGAAUGGACUGCAUUGUCACCAGUAGAGCCAUACCACACUCCUUUUCAACAUGUCCAUAGUGCCCCAUCUUUACCAGUAGCUUAUCCACACCAUCCCCAUUUCAGCAAUAUCCCAUACCUUAGAAUAAACACCCUAGGAAGAGCACAGGUAGAAAGGGGAGAACACCUGAGACCCAGACUCUUACAGCGCUCCUUAUCCCAUGAUCACUCUUACACCUUCCAACAAAUAAGAGGGAGAUCAUUAGUAUCCAGCCACCAAAACUUGCUAAACAAGUUGGAAAAUUUAGAAAGUAAGGACUUUAGCCAAACUAGUCAUCUCAUCAGUGGAAAUUCUGAUUCAAACAUGACAUUUUACCAAAUGAACCAACCUCAAAUGCAGGAAGAAAUGAAAGAUCAAAAAUAUAUUCAUACUGGUUAUUCCACUUCUUCUCCAGUUCAAUCUCAGAACUCUAAUAUAUCUCCAGUUCUUAGCCCUAUAUUAUCACCCCCCUGCUUCAGACACAUUCGUCAUCCAGACAGCACAACAGGUCCAGGGUUUGCAUCUCAUAAUAUUUCCACAGAUGUGUACAUGACUGAAAGAAAUGGUAACAAAAAUUAUUGUGACUUCACCUAUGCCGACACUUCACUCAACCAAAACUGGCUAAAUAAUACAUCAUCCUUUUCUUCCAGAACAUCUCCUAAUACAUAUACUAUAUCUCAGUACCCUAGCCAGUAGCCACUGAUUUAGCCUUUCAAAAUUCAUAAGGCAUUGGAGUUUUGUCCACCAUGCCUUUAGUAUGAUUUAUAUGCCACUUAUACACUGCUAUUUUUGUGUGUAAAUGUAUCAUAAUAUAAGAUGUAACUUUGUUGUAGAUAUUCUAGUAAAAUACAGAAAAUUAUCAAAAAUAAAAAGUAGUUUUGCUAUUUUGUAGCAAAUAAUUCAGAAUUAAGAUUGUAUAUGUAUAAGUUUGAUAUUACAUUAUUGUAUUAGUAGACAAGAUUACUCCACUUCAUGUGUCAAAAAAUACCUCCAAAAAAUAUUAAUUACCAAAUUUUUCUCAGAAUAUGCAGAUAAACUACAAGUUAACUU